AUGCCCGGCGAACUCCUCCGCACCGUCACCGCGAGCCUCCCGCGGCCCUCGAAGCGGAAAAUGGAGCGCGCCAGCGACCUCCACCUGAUCACCGACCAGGAUGUCGCGUACGAGCAGGACAUCCAGCGCAACCCCGGCAGCGUGAAGCCCUGGCUGGACUAUGUGCGCUUCAAGAAGUCGCGCGGCAGCAUUCUCGAGCAGGCCUACGUCUUUGAGCGCGCCGUCGAGGUCCUCCCGCGCUCCUACAAGCUCUGGAAGCUCUACCUCGACCUGCGGACGAGGCAUCUUGCCAAGAAGAAUCCUGCCCGCUUUGCGCCGCACUAUGUCAAGGUCAACGCCCUGUUCGAGCGCGCCCUGGUGCUGCUGAACAAGAUGCCGCGCAUCUGGGAGAUGUACCUCACGUUUCUGAUGCAGCAGCCUCUCGUCACCACCACGCGCCGAACAUUUGACCGAGCGCUACGCGCCCUCCCGCUGACGCAGCACAACCGCAUAUGGGCCCUCUAUCGACCAUUUGCGACUUCCGCCUCAGGCGAAACAGCUGUCAAGAUAUGGCGACGGUACAUGCAGAUCCAUCCCGAGGAUGCCGAGGACUUCAUCGAGCUGCUCAAGGACAUGCGCAAGUACACGGAAGCCGUCAAGAAGUACAUGGAGAUUCUCAACAACCCCCGUUUCAAGAGCAAGGAAGCAAAGGGCCCGUUCCAGUUUUGGACCGAGAUGAUCGACCUGCUGAUCGACCACGCCAAGGAAAUCGACACCAGUGAUGACAGCGGCAUCGACGUUGAAAAGAUCAUACAUAGUGGCAUCCUGAAGUUCCCCGACCAGAGAGGCGUGCUCUGGGUAGGCUUGGCGCGAUACUGGAUGCACAAGGGCGAAUACGAAAAGGCACGCGACGUCUUUGAGGAGGCCGUCACCACCGUCAUGACUGUACGCGACUUCUCCAUAGUCUUCGACACAUACGUCGAAGCAGAAGAGGCCAUGAUUGGCAUCAAACUCAACGAAGCUGCGGCGCGGUCUGAGAAGGGGAAACUCAACGAAGCCGCUGACGCGGACCUCGACAUCCGAAUGGUUCGCUUUGAGUCGCUCAUGCAAAGGAGACCGUUCUUGCUGAACGAUGUCAUGCUGCGCCAGAACCCCCACAACGUUGUCGAAUGGCAGAAGCGCAUUGCGCUCUGGGGCGAUAACAAGAAAGAGGUGGUACAGACAUACACCGAUGCCAUCGCCGCCAUCAACCCAAAGAAGGCCGUCGGCAAAUUCCAUGAGCUGUGGACCAACUAUGCAAAGUUCUACGAAGCUGGCGGCAGUCUGCAGAACGCUCGCGUGAUCAUGGAAAAGGCUGUCAAGGUUCCUUUCAAGUCUGUCGCAGAGCUGGCUGAGAUGUGGUGCGAGUUCGCUGAGUUGGAACUUCGCAACGAAAACUUCGACAAGGCCGUCGACAUUAUGGCCAAGGCGACGCAAGCCCCCAAACGAUCGAAUGUUGACUAUUUUGAUGACUCACUGUCACCCCAACAGCGUGUUCACAAGAGCUGGAAGCUCUGGAGCUUCUAUGUCGAUCUUGUGGAGAGUGUCAGCACAUUGGAGGAAACCAAGAAGGUCUACGAGCGCAUUUUCGAGCUUCGCAUUGCGACCCCACAGACCGUUGUCAACUACGCCAACCUGCUAGAAGAGAACAACUACUUCGAGGAUUGCUUCAAAGUCUACGAGCGCGGUCUCGAUCUUUUCAGCUAUCCUGUCGCGUUCGAGAUCUGGAAUCUCUACCUCACCAAAGCCGUGGAUCGCAAGAUCGGGAUGGAGCGUCUUCGAGACUUAUUCGAGCAGGCUGUUGAAGACUGCCCACCAAAGUUCGCCAAGGUCCUUUACCUCAUGUACGGAGCACUGGAGGAAGAUCGAGGACUCGCGCGACAUGCUAUGCGGAUAUACGAGCGCGCUACCCGGGCCGUUGCAGACGAAGACAGGCUGGAGAUGUUCAACUUUUACAUCACCAAAUCCGCCUCCAACUUUGGUCUCACCUCAACAAGACCGAUCUACGAGCGCGCUAUUGGUGCGCUACCUGACGCUGAGGCCAAGGAAAUGUGUCUCAAAUUUGCUGAAAUGGAGCGACGGUUGGGAGAGAUCGACCGAGCACGAGCAAUCUAUGGCCAUGCCAGCCAGUUCUGCGAUCCGCGAACAAGUCCAGAGUUCUGGAAGAAGUGGGAGUCCUUCGAGGUCCAGCACGGCAACGAGGACACCUACAAGGAAAUGCUUCGGAUCAAGCGGAGUGUUCAGGCUCAAUACAAGUACGUUCUUCUCAUGCUUUUCAAAUCCACCCCGCUAACCCUCCGUAGUACCGACGUCAACUUCAUCGCGUCUCAAGCCGUCGCUCGUGGCAUGCAGAACGGCAAUAGCGAGCACGCCAACGACGACGCAACCAACGGUGAAGAUGCAAUGGCCGCCCUAGAGCGGGAAGCUCGCGCUCCCGUGGGCUUUGUCGCAGCUAGCACCGGCCCCUUGGGCGGAAGUGUCAAACCCACAGACGCAGAAGGAGCAGCGAAUCCCGAUGCUAUCGAUCUCGACGAUGACUUAUGA